AACGGUGACCAACUGUUGUUAUAGCAACGCACGCGGAAAUUGGAGCCAGGUGUGAAUGGAACUUCAGUAAAGCGGUUCAUUUCACGUUCACACCAUGGCGCUAACAGUAAUAUCCGCGAAAUACCCCCCACAAAUUGAUGUUACACGGACACCAUUUGCGUAUGGAGAUCGAGCAUUACCGAGACUGAAUCGUGAACUGAAUGAUGGCACAUUGCUUGUUCGUCAGAGAGCAGUCAUGUCACUUUGUGAUUAUCUGCAUGACCCAGAGCACAUAGCUGAGGCACUUAGAUGUGGUAUUGCUCAGAGUUUAAAAGAACUUUUAGUGGAUGCUGACAUCACAGUAAGGCAGAAGUCCACAGAGUGUCUCCAUGUCAUCGCAGGCCAUGCUAUCGGGAGGAAUGCUUUCCUUGAACAUGGGAUCAUCAUGCCGAUAUCCAAACUGUUUGAUGACAAAGAGGAUAUCGCCAGGAAGAAUGCUCAUAAAGCUAUUGAAAUGAUAUCGGAAACACCUCCAGGUGCGGAGGGCAUUGUGAUGGGAGAUUUGGUUCCUAUGUUGGUGAAGAAGCUGCAGUCAGAAGUGGAGGAAAUCAAGGAGAUGAUUUUGGACACUCUGCACUACUGUAUGCGUGUAGAUACGAAGAAAGCUCUGGCGGCUGGCGCCAUGGAAACAUUUACCCAACUUCUCGCUCACGACUCGGAGGUGAUCCGCGCCAAGGCUGCACGUGACAUCAUGGACCUCAGUGUUCCCCUCGAUGGCAAAAACAAAGCUGUGGAAGUGGAGUCUGUCGCUGCCCUCGUCGAGAUGCUGAAAGACGCCACGCCGGACGUGCGAGCUAAUGCUGCAGGAGCCUUGAUGACAAUAACAAUCACAACAAAAGGAAAAUACACAGCAAUAAAAGACAACGCUAUCCCACAGCUGGUGGAGCUUGUCAAUGACCCCAUCAGUGAGGUGCGACUCAACGCCCUUAAAGCCCUCACGUGUCUGUCCGAGGCCCCCGAGGGGAGGGAGACGCUACUCAGCCAUGUGGACCUGAUCAAGACCCGGACAGAGGAUGAAAUCCCAGCAGUCGUGAAAGCCGCCCAGAUCGCUGUCAAGGUCAUCACAUGGAAGCCCUAAGAUUCAUCUUGCAAAAUUGCAUUUAAAUUUAAAAUCAUUGAGGCAUAUCAAUUCCGAAUAUUAUGAUAUGUAUCAAAGUCCUUGCUUCGAGCUUUAUGUCCUGUGAUAGUUUUACAUAUAUUUUCUGCGGAAAACUGCUUUUGACUUUAUUCAUUUUGGAAACAAAAUAAUUGCAGGUUUUUGAUUGCAUUGUUUUGUUUUUAUAAUGAGUGAUAAUUAAGUGAUAUUAUUAGAUCGUAACUUUCUAUUGUACCGACCGUGUCUUACAAAGCCUUGUCUGUCUGUUGGAUUCCAGGAGGUGUAUUAUUAAAUACAGUUUGACCUUUGGAAUUCAGUAUUUCCUGUUGCCUUGAACUAGAUGAAUGUUGCAGAAUUCUUGUGAGAAGUCGUGGACCUUGCACAUAUAUUUUGUUUAUGUACAAAUCAUAUAUACUGUGGAUUGUUAUAAUAUUGGAAGUAUUUAUAAUGUAUAUAGUUUAUUUACAGUAACAUACAACCCUAUCAUGUGAAUAAAUGUAUACCUGUUUUC